AUGCUCGGCGUGAAAUCUUACCACCACCAUUAUCUCCUCCCGCCAAAAUCGCAACCGCCGCCCCCGUCGCCCUACUCCGCCACCCCAACCACCACCAACAAGCACACCGCCUCCCCCCGCGCCGCCAUAUCCAUCUCCACGGCCGCCCCCACCACUACCCCCGCCGGCAACAUCCCGGCGCCGCCCGACGAGGCCGUGUUGGCCCUCUCCGACUACCGCUCCCUCUUCUCCUCCCAACGCGCCGAGACCUCUGCCCCCGUCCCCCUCCGCCACGUCAUCAGCGGCGGCACCGCCGCCGCAUCCCUCCUCCCGGCCGACUUUCCGCUGGGGACAUACUACCUCGCGGGGCCUGGCAUGUUCGAAGACGACCACGGCUCCACCGUCCACCCUCUCGACGGCCACGGCUACCUCAGAGCCUUCACAUUCCUUUGUGGGGCCCACGGGCAAGUGGUGGUGGAGUUUGCAGCCCGGUACGUGGAGACGGAGUCUCGGGCGGCCGAGCGGGACCCGGCCACCGGCGAGUGGCGGUUCACGCACCGCGGCCCGUUCUCGGUGCUCAGGGGCGGCGGUGGAGGGAAUUUGAUGGCCGGGAACACGAAGGUGAUGAAGAACGUGGCGAACACGAGCGUGGUCAGGUGGGGUGGACGGCUGCUUUGCCUGUGGGAGGGCGGGGACCCUUACGAGGUCGAGGAGGGGACGUUAACCACUGUCGGGAAUUUUCCGGAGGCCGGAGGCGGCCGGAGUGCGGCGGCACAAUGUGACGGUGGUGGAGAAGCGUUGACUGGGGUUGACUUGUUGGACGUGGCUGCUAAUAUGCUCAAGCCCAUAUUGUAUGGUGUUUUCAAGAUGCCACCAAAGAGAGUUUUAUCCCAUUACAAGAUUGAUGCACUUAGAAACAGACUGUUGAUCAUGUCAUGCAACGCAGAGGACAUGUUACUCCCUCGCAGUAAUUUCACUUUUUACGAAUUCGACUCCAACUUCAAGCUGCUGCAAAGCCAAGACUUCUGCAUCCCAGACCACUUGAUGAUCCAUGACUGGGCUUUUACAGAUUCUCAUUACAUAUUGUUUGGAAAUAGAGUCAAACUAGAUGUUGCAGGUUCAAUGGCAGCAGUUUGUGGCUUAUCACCCAUGAUAUCUGCAUUGUCACUCAAUCCAAGCAAAUCCACCACCCCAAUUUAUUUGCUUCCAAGAUUUCCUAAUAAUUCUGAACAGCCAAACAGGCCCUUGAGAGAUUGGAAAAUUCCAAUUGAGUCCCCUUCUCAAAUGUGGGUACUUCAUAUGGCAAAUGCCUUUGAAGAAAGGGGUGUUGAUGGCAAUCUUGAGAUUCAAAUCCAAGCCAGUAGCUGCUCUUACCAGUGGUUCAAUUUCCAAAAAAUGUUUGGAUAUGAUUGGCAAAGUGGUAAAUUAGACCCUUCAAUGAUGAAUUUGGAACAAGGCCAAGAAAAGUUGCUCCCUCACUUAAUCCAGGUGAAGAUAACCUUGGAUAGCCAUGGAGCCUGCAAAAAUUGCCAAGUUAAUGAUCUAAGCCAAUGGAAAAAGCCUUCGGAUUUUCCGGUCAUCAAUCAAGAUUUUUCCGGCAAGAAGAACAAAUUCGUUUACGCUGCCACAUCAUCGGGCUCACGACGCGCGUUGCCACAUUUCCCAUUCGACACGGUAGUGAAGCUAAACACCACAAACAAGUCCACGUUGACUUGGUCAACCGGUAGAAGAAAGUUCAUUGGCGAGCCAAUUUUUAUCGCGAAACGUGACAAAAAAGACGAAGAUGAUGGUUACCUCCUUGUGGUAGAAUAUGCAGUUUCAAACAAGAAGUGCUAUCUUGUUGUUCUUGACUCCAAGAUGAUUGGGAGGAACAAUGCUUUAGUAGCAAGGUUUGAGGUCCCCAGGCAUUUGAAUUUCCCUCUUGGAUUUCAUGGAUUUUGGGCCCCUGAUGUUUCACACAGUCCUGUAAAUAGCCCAGUAUCAAGGCCCAACAAAGAAUUAGCUCUCGCUUGUUAG